AUGGGAGGAAUAAAGAUUGCUGGAGCUGCUAGGGAAGUUUUAUCAAGAGGAGGUCGUGGUGGACCGAUUCGAGCUAAGGGAGCACCUUCUACUGGUUCCGCUGUGACCCCUCAAGUUACUUGUGGGUAUUGUGAUCAAACAAAUGAUUACUCAACAUCUUUUCAACUUCAACAUCCAUCGACUGCAGCUGCGAUUCACCAUGAUCAUGAUGAAUUGCAUAAUGACUCACCAACUACUGAAGUUCCUAUUACACCUACGUCAUCAUCUAAUGGUCUCGAUGAUGGUUCAUCCGAAGAAUUUGUUCCUGCUACACAAGACAUUGUGUCUACUAAAACAGCUGGAGCAGAACAAAUCAACCAAAUAGGCCGAACGCGACGACGAUGUAGAAUCACAAGAAGAUGGACAUUUGGUCUAAGAACAGUAAUCUGUCACAAAUGUCAAUCUCUAAUGUGGGUGGAAGAAAGAAUUCAAAGUAGUACAAAACAAAAUCCAAGAUUCAAUUUAUGUUGUCAAGAUGGGGAUGUUGUUUUACCGUUAUUGCCUCAAACUCCCCAAGUUUUACAACAUAUAUUUACGACUCCAACAUUGAAAGAGAAGAUUCGAUUGCUGAAUGCACUAUUCAGGUUUACAUCCACGGGAGGCAAAAUAGAUCAUUUUGUAGUCAAUUCUAUCGGACUGUAUUCAUUUCGAAUUAGUGGAGAAAAUUAUCAUCAAAUCGGAUAGUCUUUGCCACCUCUUGGAGAAUUAGGUAGAUUCAUACAAUUAUACAUUCAUGAUACCGAUAAUGAGUUGCAGAAUCAUAUGAAUCUUCUAAACAGUCAUGAUGGCAAUCCAAUUGGGAUUGAUGCAUCAAUAGUUGAAGGAUUGCAAAAU